AUGACACCAUUGAUGAACUUGAUCUUUUUCGAUGAUGCUACGUCAAGAUUUGUGAAAGGGCCUCGUAGCCGAGGUUCAGAUCUUGCAACCCAUGAUAAGACCUCUCAGCACGAAGACGAGGUAGCUGAAAGUGACGAGAAGAAAGACAAAAAGAGCGACGACGAGAAAGACGGGGAGAGAGACGAAGGCAACGACGACGAUGAUUGGGGCUUUGGUCAUGAUGGGGGUCUCUUCACGUGGAGUGGAAACAUGGGCAGCUAUGCUACGGCAGCCAUUCUGAUAAGUUUCUUCGAUUCGGCGAUGGAUGAGUACCUACAAGAUACAAAGUCUCGAGUACUCCCAAACGAGAUACUAACUACGAUCAUGGAGUGCUCGGAUCAUCAGACGUACUUGUCUCUUGCUAGAGCGUCUGCCAGUUGUCGAGACCUCUAUUACCGCAAGUUCAGACUGAGUGAUGUUUACGCUGUAAUUGAUCAGGAGAGCCAGGAAAAGGAGCUGUCGUCCAUAACUCUGGAGAAUCUCGAAUCGGGAGAGAGGAUUUCUGCGACUCUUUGCCAGGAAAGUGGCGUGUCACAUAAAGUGACCAAGAUGAGCCCUAUAAUAGGGUUCCGCACACCUCCCUAUCCGCAGACAACGGACAUGCCGGCUCAGGAGGCAUACACUUACUUGGCGCACCCUCGCGGGCCAGAGCCGGAGCGCCUUUUUCAACUGCCAAGUCACUCUUACCUUGGUUCUCUUGAAGAUACCUUUGGGCGCUAUAUUCUAGGGACAAUUCAAGGUAAGCUCCCCGAGAACUCUAGAUUCACACGCAUUGAUUCUGGGCAAUACCGAUGCCUCCUUCCGCAUGGCUAUCGAAUGUUGAAGAUGGAUAAGUUUUUCUGCAGCGGUCUGCAGAUAAUCCUCAGACCCGGAGGCCACAAAAGUGCAGAAGAAUGGACAAAGACAAUGAAGUUUGCAGUGAAAAAGCUCCACCAUCGGGAAAUAACUGGCGCCGACGGAUUUGGCUUUGCCAGGGGAGGAUGCCCUGUAAUCGUGGCCUUUGAGAGGCGCUUGAGGCUGUUCUACUACGUCAACAAGUGUGAUAGCCCAUCCGAGGUGGAUACUUCAACACCGCAUUGCGUCGAACUCGCAGAAAAAUGCACGGACGAAGACCCUAGCCGCCGACUUGUUGAACUCAUACCAGGUGAUGAGCCUGUGAGCCUGGACGAUCCGGGAUCCCGCGAGCAGUUCGAGAGCUGGAUCCUGUCCUUCUGUGCUCCUGGUGAGCAGCAAAUGACGGAGUGGGACCCUUUCACUGCCAAACAUACCGAGCUGAAGAGAACAAAGCGGGAGGCAUAG